GUGACCUGCCAACAGGACGUCUGUCAGAACGGCGGCACCUGCACCUCCUGUUUCGGAGACUCACACAAGAUGUGCACCUGUCUGCCGGGCUUCACUGGGAGCCGCUGCGAAACACAUUCGGACCUUUGCAACCCGAACCCAUGCCCCUUCAAUUGGAACUGUAUUGACAACGGCGGGUCUUUGACUUGUGCUGUGAAAGCUCAUGUUCGCCAGACAGACCAGAGUGUGCAUCACUGUUCUGUGUCGUCCUGUCCGGUGGGGAUGGCGUGCGUGGAUGACGGACCUGGGCUCUACUCCUGCGUACCUUAGGACAUUUGUUGAUGGACAAAGGCUU